AUGGGUGACUUCAACGCUGUACCAUCGCCAAACUUAAUUGACAGUUAUAGAAUCAUAUACCCUGAUUCCAGUAGUUUUACGUGGAAAAGAGAUAAUUCGCAAGAACAGAGCCGAAUUGAUAUCAUCUGGAUCCCACAACAAUGGGGAAAAAAAAUAAUAGAAUGUUUCACGGAGCAACUUGAAUUAGUGACAAAAAGUGAUCAUAAAAUAAUACAACUUAAAAUUAAAAAGACAUGGCAAAUACAUUUAGAUCGAGAAGUACAAAAUAAUAUAGGACCUAAAUACAACAUAAAAUUAAUGUGCGACGAAAAAUGGAUGAAGUUUACAACACAU